UUGUGUUGUCAUUUGUCAACUGAACUGACAGUGACAGCGCCGAUGAGAUUUUACAAAAAAUAAUUUCUGGAAUCAAAUCUCCGUCGCAGUUUUAAAGUUUUUGCUGCAGUGGUUCGGUUAAUUUGAGUAAUUUAAUCCAAACUUAAAAAAAAAUGGCAACAUUGAAAAUAUUUUCCUUGGCUAAACACGGACGAUUCGGUGUCCCAAAGAACAUUCGAAUGUACUCCUCAAGGGAUAAAGAUAUCUUAGCUCCAUCAAAAGGAUACAUCUUUGUCAACAACAAAGAAUUAAGCAUGGAUCUAAACGACAUCACUGAUCGAUCUGCUCAAACACUUUUCCUUUCUGAGUUGUUGCGUGGUUUCGGUGUGACUUUGGCACACAUCUUUAAGGAACCCGCAACUAUAAACUAUCCAUUUGAAAAGGGACCUUUAAGUCCACGUUUUCGUGGAGAACACGCUCUUCGCCGGUAUCCUAGCGGAGAGGAACGAUGCAUUGCAUGCAAGCUGUGUGAGGCUAUUUGCCCUGCUCAGGCUAUUACAAUUGAAGCAGAAGAGCGUGCUGAUGGCAGCAGGCGAACAACACGCUACGAUAUUGAUAUGACUAAGUGCAUAUACUGUGGAUUCUGUCAGGAAGCUUGUCCCGUUGAUGCUAUUGUUGAAGGACCCAACUUCGAGUUCUCCACAGAAACACACGAGGAACUCCUGUACAACAAAGAGAAGCUUUUGAACAACGGUGACAAAUGGGAGUCUGAAAUCGCUUCCAAUUUGCAAGCUGAUCAUCUAUAUCGUUAAACUUGUUAACUUAAUAUAAAGGGCAAAUAAUGAAUGGUUUAAGUGAUAAUGAUAAAUAACCAAAAAAUAUUAUGGAAAGAAUAAUAAAAGCUUGAAGAACCCCUUAACUUUAAAAAAUAUUUGUCUUUAGUCAAAUAAAACAAUUUUGUUGGUGUUUCCAAUUUAAAA